AUGGAGUCAUCUUUUCCAUUUGGAGUGACUCUUGCUGUCCUGGCCUCCCUCAUUAUUGCUGCCAAUGCACUAGUGGCUGUGGCUGUGCUGUUGCUGAUCCACAAGAAUGAUGGUGUUGGUCUCUGCUUCACCUUGAAUCUGGCUGUAGCCGACACCUUGCUUGGUGUGGCCAUCUCUGGCCUAGUCACAGACCAGCUCUCCAGCCCACCUCGGCCCACACAGAAGACCCUAUGCAGCCUUCGGAUGGCAUUUGUUACUUCUUCCGCAGCUGCCUCUGUCCUCACAGUCAUGCUGAUUGCCUUUGACAGGUACCUUGCCAUCAAGCAGCCCCUCCGCUACUUCCAGAUAAUGAACGGGCUCAUGGCUGGGUCCUGCAUUGCCGGGCUGUGGUUGAUGUCUUACCUUAUUGGCUUCCUCCCACUUGGAGUCCCCAUAUUUCAGCAGACUACCUACCAGGGUCCCUGCAGCUUCUUCGCUGUGUUUCACCCACGCUUUGUGCUGACCCUCUCCUGCGUUGGCUUCUUCCCAGCCCUGCUCCUCUUUGUCUUCUUCUACUGUGAUAUGCUCAAGAUUGCCUCCAUGCACAGCCAGCAGAUCCGAAAGAUGGAACAAGCAGGAGCCAUGGCCGGAGCAUACCGGCCUCCUCGGACUCCCAGCGACUUCAAGGCUGUCCGCACUGUGGCUGUUCUCAUUGGGAGCUUCACUCUGUCCUGGACCCCAUUCCUUAUCACUGGCAUUGUGCAGGUGGCCUGCCAGAAGUGCUACCUCUACCUGGUGCUGGAACGGUACCUGUGGCUGCUCGGUGUGGGCAACUCCCUGCUCAACCCACUCAUCUAUGCCUACUGGCAGAAGGAGGUGCGGCAGCAGCUCUACCAGAUGGCCCUGGGAGUGAAGAAAGGGCUCACCUCAUUCCUUCUUCUUCUCUCAGCCAGGGAUGGUGGCCCAGAGGGGCCCAGGGAAAGUUCCUGUCCUAUCACCACUAUCUCCCACUCACAGCUUCAUGGCGAAGAUGGUAAGGGCAGAGAAGUUUCAAAGUGACUUCU